AUACAAUCGAGUAUUCUUCACCGUCAAGCAGGAUUCGCUGUCCCUCAAAUCAAUCAGCAAUUUCCGUAUGUACGAAUUGCAAUUAGGAAUUGUGUUUACCCCAAGAACGCCUCAACUAUUCCCAAAGCUUAAGCUUAUAUCCGGACAACAAGCAAUUGCAGUUUCAUGGCUGUUCAGAUUCGAAUCUUCGAGCCCGAAACACGGUCUUGUUGGACGGUCAAUGCCAUUUCGUCACGACGGACGCUACGUAUGCCCCACAAACAAAACCACUGGCGGAUCUGAAUCUCAAACCCAACUAAUUAUUCCGCGGCUUAUCCUCCGUCCAUCUCAGACAGUCAGCACCCCUCGUCAGCAGGCUAGCGACUAUCAGCUCGUGCCAGCCAUCCUCGUCGCUCCCCCCACGUCAGCCCAGGGGCCCCCGGUCCAAAGCGGCGCUCCCUUGCGUCGGCAGAAUCUUCAUCGAUCACGAGCACUGGCUUCUGGAAGGACGUGCUCGCGACCCUUACAUUGGGGCCGCGCGCGUCGGGCUGUCAGAGAAAAAGCAAAAAGACACACCUGAAGCUGCCUUUGUGGGCCACCGGCGAUAAGCCUGGCAACCCAUAGCGGCACGGGGGGCCCCUGGUGGUACAGCAGCCACCCCCUCAUAUCAGGGAUAUGGGCUGCUCCACGGAACGACCAUGGAACAUGUACAUACAUACAGUACAUACACAGAUACGGAGACAGCUGCACGAGACACAGCUACUCGAUAGCGAGGCGUGCGCUGUUCCUGCAUCCCGCGCUUCUGGGACCCGGAGCGUGCAAGGAGCAAGCAGGCCGUCUGAGCUAGUCAGAUCAUCCGCUCG